AUGAAAAAUUACAACUCAAGUCGGGAAGACCAAUCAGAAAGAGAAAUGUUUUACGAAUUUUCAAACAAAAAGAAAAUGGAGUGCGAAAGAUAUCAAGAUUGCAGCUGGUUUCAGCAAGACUUUCUAAAGGAUUUGUCAAAAAGCAAACUGUCACCGGGUGAAAAAGAAGAAUCUAAUUUCAGUUUAAAUGAUUUUGAUUUGGAAAUGCAGUAUGCGAAUGAUCAUACCAUUCCUCAGGUUGAAGACUACCUGGAGGUUUUUGAUGAUGAUGUUUUCUUAGAUGGGAAUGGGAAAAGCUUGGAUGUUGUAAAUAAAUUCAGUUGGAAAUCGGGAGAUGAUAAAAUAACAUUUCCAAAUGAUAAUUUAAAUUGUGAUUCUCAUAAUGCUUUUUGUGGCCUCAAGAAAACAGAUUCAUUUGAUAGCAUUGAAUAUAUAUCUUCAAAUCCGGCCGACAUUGUACCCAUUACUCUAAUGGAAUGUAUGAACAAUUCCGGAAGUGCAUCGAGUGGUGGUAACAAAGAAAAAUGUUUGAAGAAGAAUGUUUCCUACACAACUGAUAAUUAUAAAGAAAAUGAAAGUAUGCUGAGUCGAAAUAUAAAAAAUGAGAACGUGAAUGUCAAUUGCGUGUUGGGUGAAAAACUCGAUCUUAAUUUGGAUCUUCCAAAAGUCAAUUUUGAACAAUCUAUGGGCGAUAUGAAAAUGAAUAGCAAAGAAAAUAAUACACUUUCUUCAAUGCCAGAAACUUGCCCCAAUCACAACAAUUUAAAUUUAAAUCAAAAGAAAAGCGUCGAAAAUAAUUCACAAAUGAGUACAGAAAGUAGAAGAAAUACUUUGAAAAAAGAUGGGAAAAAUUCAUCGAUACAAAACAAACCUGUAUGUGACGAGUAUAGUUCGAUUGCGGAGCGCAUCAAAGCUAAUGCCAAGAGAAGAGUUGCCAAAAAUUACAGCGUCGUCGCAGAAGAAGAUGGAUCCGACAAAGAUGAGUCGGAAUACGAGUACGAUAACGAUUGUGAAACCAACGAGUCAGAUAGUGAUGAUGAUUAUAACACGAGUGAAAGUGGAUCUAAAAGAAAGUGUUAUGGAAUAAAUAAAAAAUCUAAAACCGAAGACUCUAAAAACAAUACCGAGGGAGUCAAGGAUGGUUCUAAAUCGAGUGAUACCUAUCGGGAACGACGGGAUAAAAACAACGAAGCAUCGCGACGUUCGAGACAAAAUAGAAAAAAUCGAGAACGUCACAUGUUUAAAACUCUAGAGGAAGAAGAAAGAAGAAAUGUCAAAUUGAGAGCGGAAGCAGAUGUAUUGGAAAAACAAGUAACGUCUUUAAGGCAAUUAUUGCUUCAAGUAGUCUUGCGCAAAGCUGACGGAACUUAA